GAUAUUCCAAUUAUUGAACAACCUGAAACAAGUGUGCAACAUAUGCAAAUGUUUGCAUCUGUUGAUGUUAUUUUGAAGGUAGAUAAAAAUUAUCCAACAAAAGUUACAUUAGUUCUGAAAAAUCCAUUUGCAGAUAAUAAAAUAUUAUUUAGCUAAAACUGGGUUUCUAGAACUUUUUUUAUGGCUCAUAAUAAUUCACAAAACAUAGCAGUUUCUUCUUUUAAAAUUACUUCUCAUCAAAAGAAAAACUUACCAAAAGGUGAUUUUGAGCCUUAUAUAACAAAAGAAAAAUGCUCAGAUGGUUUAAAAAGAGGUAUAUUGAUUAAAGGUGUUUUACGUAUAAACCCUAAGAAAUUUACAGAUGCCUUUAUAAGUGCAGAUUACAAUGAGCGUGAUAUACUACUUGAAGGUGUUUCUUCAAGAAAUCGAGCUUUACCUGGAGAUGUAGUUGCAGUUGAGUUGAUUCCACAAUCUCUAACAAAAGUUAUUCAUGAAAACAAUGCUGAAAAAAAUACUUCUGAAAUACUUGUCAAUGAAACUAACAACGUUAAACGCGGAAAGGUUGUGUUUAUAAUUGAAAAAAAACACCCACGAGUUGCUACUGGGUUUAUCAUGAAUUACCGAAGCAAUAAAUUUGGUUUUGCUUAUAUGUCACCUGUUGAUAGUCGUCUUCCCAGAAUUUUAAUUCCUCUUCAGCAAUGUCCUCCUUUGUUUCUUACUAGACCUCAAGAUUUUUGUAAAACUCUUUUUGUUGCUAGAAUAAUUGAAUGGGAAAUUGAUAUGGGGUUUGCUUAUGGAGAAUUGAUGCGCAGCCUUGGUGAGGCUGGUAAUAUUGAAGCUGAGACAGAAUCCAUUAUUGCAGCCAAUGCAAUUGACAGUUCACCAUUCGGUGAAGAUAUUAUUGCUUGUUUACCGAAUGGGGAUUCUUGGAGUAUAAAACCUGAAGAGUUUAAAAAGCGUAAAGAUUUAAGAGAAGAAUGUAUCUUUACAAUUGAUCCAGCAACUGCUAGGGAUCUUGAUGAUGCUGUUUCCUGUAAAAAAAUAGGUGAUGAUUUGUUUGAAGUAGGGGUUCACAUUGCUGAUGUCAGUUUUUUUAUAGAAGAAGAAAGUAAACUUGAUAUUGCUGCUAAGAGUCGAGCAACAAGUGUUUAUCUUUGUCAAAAGGUUAUUCCAAUGUUACCUGCAGUAUUAUGUGAAAGAUUAUGCAGUUUGAAUCCGGGAGUAGACAGACUUGCUUAUUCAGUGAUUUGGAACAUGCGGUCUGAUGGUACUGUCUUAACUGAGUGGUUUGGUCGAUCUGUUAUUCGCUCUUGUGUAAAACUAUCAUAUACUCAUGCUCAGCAAUUAAUUGAAACUGGCACUGACUCGGAUUUAAAAAAAGAAGAGUUUCCUAUUGUUGAAGGUUUUUCCCUUGAAAAAGUUAGAGAUGUAAUACAUUGCCUAUUUAAGAUUUCUCAGAAUCUUAGAAAGAGGCGCUUUGAUUCUGGUGCACUUAGAAUCGAUCAACCAAAACUUUCAUUUAAUCUUGAUUCAGAGACUGGUUUGCCAAAUGGUUGCAGUGUUUAUGAAUACAAAGAUAGUAAUCGACUUAUAGAGGAAUUUAUGUUACUUGCAAAUAUGGCUGUUGGUAGAAAAAUUUAUGCUGCUCAUCCAGAUCAAGCCAUUUUAAGAAAUCAUCCAGCACCACAUCCUAUUAUGCUGCAGGAAGUCCAAAGGAUUUGUUCAGCAUAUAGCAUUUUUUUUGACAUAAGUGACAGUAGUAGUAUCAGUAAAUCACUUACAAAUUUAUCUCAGUUAGAGUCAGAUUCAAGAAUGUUUAUUGAAGCAGCUGUUACAAUGCUAUGUGCUAAACCAUUUCAAAAUGCAACUUACUUUUGUACAGGCACCGUUGAUGAUGAAUCUUUAUAUCGGCAUUAUGCUUUGAAUGUUCCAAUAUACACUCAUUUUACAUCACCUAUUCGUCGCUAUCCAGAUAUUUUAGUUCAUCGUCUGUUAACAGCAGCUUUAGAUAGCACAUUUAAAGUCAAAGGUCGUCCAAAACAACUUCAAGCGAUUGCUGAUCAUUGCAAUGAAAGAAAGUGGACUGCCAAAAAAGCUUCUGAGCAAAGUUCUGAUGUUUUUUUUGCAAUUUAUGUCAAAGAAUGUGGACCAUUUGAAGAAAAAGGUGUUGUUGUUGCAGUUCUUGAUAAAUCUAUUGAUGUUUUAUGCAUUAGAUUAGGUGUUGUUAAACGUGUAUACUGUGACAAGUUAUUAUUAUCAGGUCAUAAAUAUGAGUAUAAUAUCUUGAAACCAAAGUUGACAUUGUUUUGGAAAAAGAAUGAAGAUCUCCCUAAUGGAAACAUCGAUGAAAAAUUGGAAAACUUAAAAAAACAGUUUGAAGCAAAGUGGGCACUUCAGGAAAAGUUAGCCAAUUCACCUAUUAUAAUGGAAAUUCCAGACGAUGCAAUUAAACAAGAACUGGAAAUGUUUUCACCUGUAGAAGUUAUAUUAAGUGUUGAUCCAAAGUUUCCAACACGUAUUGAUGUUGUAUUAAAGAAUCCAUUUUUAGUAUAUGCUCCAGAACUGAAUUUAUAAUUUUAUUGCCAAGUCUCAAAUUCAAACAUUUAUCUUAUUAUAAUUUUUUAUACUAUUAGAUUUUAAAAUAGGA